AUGAGCCGCGACUCAAACUAUGGUGCGCGUCGCGAAUUCAUCGUCCCCCACGCCCCGCUUCCCCACGCAGACCACCACAUCACGAUCUUUUCGCCCGCCGGCAAACUUUAUCAGGUGGAGUACGCCAUCAAAUGCGCUCAGACCACGUCGGGGCUAACUUCGGUUGCCGUCCGCGGCGCAGACAGCUGCGUGCUCGUGACACAGAAGAAAGUGCCAGACCGCUUGGUCGAUGCAACGUCGGUGACAAAUUUGUACAAAGUGACAGAAAAACUGGCGGUGCUCAUGACAGGCAUGUCAGCAGAUUGUCGGACACAAGCGACAAGGCUGCGAUAUGAGGCCGCCGAGUUCAAAUUUCAGUACGGGUAUGCCAUGCCCGUAGCGUCGCUUGCUAAGCGUGUGGGAGACAUAUGCCAGGUGUACACACAAAAGGCCUCGCUGCGGGCGUUAGCAGCAAUCUGCAUCAUUGCGGCCGUCGACGAAGAGAAGGGACCCCAGAUCUUCAAGGUCGAUCCCGCGGGCCACCAUUUCCCCUACUUCGCGACAGCCGCAGGAGCCAAGGAGUCGGAGGCAACGAAUUUCCUUGAGAAGAAGGUCGACGAAUUUGCUACUUAUGACGCAGACAAGACAGUCCAGUGCGCCAUCGCCGCCCUCCAAUCCGUUCUCAACGCUGACUUUAAGGCGUCUGAAAUCGAGGCGAUGCUCCUUUCGGGCGACUCAAGCUGCCAUGCACUCACCGAAGAGGAGAUUGAUGGCCAUCUCAACGUACUUGCUGAAACCGACGCGUAA